UGUUUAUAAAAAUUAAAGGACAUCUUUGUGUAUCCAGACUUUAAUCUUCGAUCAUAGGCCAGUAUGUAAUCAAAUGUGAUCACGUGUGUGACCCAAUGACCACGCGUUGUACAAACUGUGCAGGAGUAAACCAUGGGGGUUACAGUAGAUUUUCAGAAUGACGGAUGCGCUUUACUGACGAUGAGAAAUGGACAAAAUCGAUGGAAUUUGACGACAUUGAAACAAUUCAACGAUGCCCUGGACGAAGUUGAGAAGAACGAGUCUGCUCGUAUUUUGGUGACCACGGGGGAAGGUAGAUUUUACAGUAAUGGAAUUGAUGUGGACUGGCUGAUGACACAAUCGAGAGACACCAAUGCAAAGUACUUCACUGUCCUGUUGGACACCAUGUGGCGAGUCAUGCACUUUCCGCUUCCUACAGUGGCCGCCAUUAACGGGCACUGUUUUGCUGGCGGAGCUUUCCUUGCAAUCUGUCAUGAUUACCGAGUGAUGCGGUCUGAUCGCGGAUGGAUAUCUUGGAAUGAAACUUUGAUUAGCCUUCGUAUUCAAGGGUCACUAUAUGAGAUUUUAGAACGUAAAUUAAAUAGAGAGGCCUUACGAGAAUCUGUCAUUUUUGCGAAAAGAAUAACAGGCCCGGAAGCUGUAAAGCUGAGGAUCGUAGAUAAGAUCGAAUCGGAGACGAACUUGAUAUCCGGAAGUAAACAGAUAGGAUUUGAAGCUCUGGGGAAAAAUGUGAUCAAAAGAGAUGAUUUACAUAUGAUGAAAAAGGACAUGAUACCACGGACCAUUGAUGUAUCCAAACUCUGAAGAAUUAAAACAUGCCCACAAACUGAGAUUCUGACAGAUUUCGAAAAGGUUUUAUCUGAACUAUCUCGUAUACAAAAGAAAUAAUUUUGUGCCUGUGCGUGCAAGUUUUUGUAUCUAUCUAUCUAUAUACAAUAUAUAUAUAUAUAUAUAUAUAUAUAUAUAUAUAUAUAUAUAUAUACAUGUAUAUUGGAAAUGUUGUUUUCUCUAUGAUUGUUUGAACGAAACAAAACCAUUAUUUUUCGCCUUUGUUUCUAUAAAAUUUUUUGGAUGUUUUAGUCAUACUGAAUUAAGCCAAAUGUACAAUGCUGCUAUGACUUUACAACCACCUUUAUCUUGUUUUAUUCUGAAAAGCAGGGCGAUGGAAGCUGUAAUAUUGGCUCUAAUUCUGAUAAUUUUAUUUUGGUGUAAAAAUGUUCUAUUAUGAUAGUUUUGUAUAUAACUCGUGUGAUUGAUAAACUUGUGCCAUUGAUAAGAUUAAAACUAAGUUAAGAUUUUAUUAAAAUAAAGAUUUCAGUUCCACUGGAUAUAUAACAUUA